AUGGUUUCCAGCUACUGGGAGCAAAUGGACCUCUGGGUCCCAGGGACCGAUGCCACAGGCUCGAAGAAUCUGACCUGGGAACAACUCGACUUCAACCGCAACUGCUCUUACUGGGGGCAUUGGCUAUCGGCCAUGCUUCAGACAGACUCUUGGGAUCCAAAAACCACCAUCGGAAUGAGUGUUGAAUCGGCGAUGGAGUACUACGCGUCGGCCAUGCCAAAGGGUUACACCACGACGUUCGAUGAAGUGGCCAAGUGGUUCGCGUACAACAUGUAUCACACGCCUGUCCCGGAAAACUCGGAGUCCCCCGAUUAUUAUCUCUUCAGCAAACGCUUCAACGACACUGUUUUGUACGGCCCAAAACCUCACUGCCCAACAGAAUUUUGCAAGGCCGUUGGGUAUACGGGGAACCAAGAUCUGUGUGGAAUCGGCGUGGUCGUGUCCUACUACCUCGAAGGAAUACUGGCAACAAUGUACCUCUUGGCCUUUACCGUCCACCAAAUGCGACGACACCUGGACAAGAAUGUGUACGAGAAACCCCGGCCGACGCAGAAACAAGGAGCCGGAGAGCGGAUCUUGGACGCGUUCCGCGGGUCGCUGGACAUAUUUCUCGGCGGCGCCAUGCUGAUUUCCGUGGCUAUGCUCGGCGCCUCGGUCUACUCCAGCGCGACCAACUUCAAGGAGAGGAGCGAAUCGAACCCGGACCUCCCGACAUCGGACUCGAUCUACGAGAUGGCCCUGGCCCUGAUCGCGUCCAACUUCUCCGUCUUCCCGGUCAUGCUGCUCUACGCGCUGGCCAAACACGACGGACACCGCAAGUGGCUGCACCGCUCGGUCCUGCUCCUCCUCUGGGGCCUCAGUGUCACCGUCGUCUACCUCGCGCCUAGGGGCGAGGUCGACUACGCGCUGCGGAAGAGCGGCCACAGGAACUUCGAAUGCGACCAGCGUGGCUCGCAAUACUGGAAGGCCGUAAAAGCCACGCAAUUUCUGGUCAUCGGACUGCCGCUCAUGUGGCUCGUUGUGACAAUCUUCCUCACCACCGGGUUCAAGAUCCCGGGCAUGGUGGACAGACCGUGGGUGAAGAGGUGGAGGUCCAUGUGGCGCCUGUCGGUUGCCUGGGUCAACAUGCUCAUCAUGUGGGCGAUCCUCGCCUACUUCACCCAAUUCCGCCAGAAAAUCAUCGACGCGGCUGGUGGCCUCGACAAAAACGACAAAUGGACGUUUGGACAGGUUCUCGCGCUUGCGGCGUGGGUCCCGAUCGUUGUCGAGAUUCUCUACAUCUUAGUUUUUGGCUUGGAAGACGGCUUGUCGGGUCAUAUGCCUGCUGGCUAUCAUGCAACACAUGUCAUUCAGUCAGAAACCAACAUGGGCAUUCCUCUCCUUGAACAGAACUACGGCAUGAAACAUGCUUCAACGAUAUCUUCAACGAUGUCGCUAGCUACGACGCUGAGCUCUCCGAUAACACCAGGCCAGGCGCAACCGACUGCGUGGGAGCCAAGCACUGGAUACCAGCCAAUCCACACGCAGCAGCAGCACCCUCAUGUUCAGCACCAACAAAGCUGGGACGGUUAUUACCACACAGGAUGGUAG